CUGUCGCUUUCUGAUGAGUUCACUGAAUGGGGCCGCAGGAUCUGAGCGGCACCUGGCUCCGGAAGGUAGCUUCUUGUCCACUCACCCGAGUUCUCUUGCUGACGGAAGGUUCGAGGGAUUUGUUUGCCACGUGUGCACAAGUUAUUGAAUUGGUUGUCAAUAAUGGGAAGAACCUACAUUGUAGAAGAGACUGUUGGCCAGUAUCUUUCAAACAUCAAUCUCCAGGGAAAACCUUUUGUCUCUGGUCUUUUGAUAGGACAGUGUUCUUCACAAAAGGAUUAUGUGAUUCUUGCCACUAGAACACCACCCAAAGAGGAACAAAAUGAGAACAUCAAACAUCCCAAAGCUAAGUUGGAUACUUUGGAUGAAGAAUGGGCCACAGAACAUGCCACCCAGGUGUCUAGAAUGCUCCCUGGAGGACUUGCAGUUCUUGGAAUAUUUAUUGUUACAACUUUAGAACUAGCAGAUGAUUUUCAAAAUGCCCUGCGCAGACUAAUAUUUUCUGUGGAAAAAUCUAUAAAUAGAAAAAGACUAUGGAAUGUCACAGAAGAAGAUGUCUCAGAACGAGUGAUACUCCACAUUUGUUCUUCUACAAAAAAAAUGUCUUGUCGAACUUAUGAUGUCCAUGAUCCAAAGAGUUCAGCACGACCUGCAGAUUGGAAGUAUCAGAACAGAGUGUCUACCUCAUGGCUGUCUCUAGAUUGUACUGUUCAUAUUAACAUUCAUAUCCCACUGUCGGCUACUUCUGUCAGUUACACUCUGGAAAAAAAUACAAAGAGUGGACUUACACGCUGGGCCAAGCAAAUAGAAAAUGGUGUUUAUUUGAUUAAUGGACAAGUUAAAGGUGAAGAUUGUGACCUAUUAGAAGGACAGAAAAAAAAUAGAGGAAAUAUGCAAGCAACUGCUCAUUCUUUUGAUGUCCGAGUGCUAACACAAUUGCUCCCAAAUUCAGACUAUAGAUCCACGGCCACAGUCCAAAUCUGCAGUGGUUCUGUAAACCUUCGGGGAGAUGUGAAAUGCAGAGCUUAUAUCCACAGCAACAGACCCAAGGUCAAAGAUGCCGUACAGGCAGUGAAGAGAGAUAUUUUGAACACAGUUGCUGAUCGCUGUGAAAUACUGUUUGAGGACCUGCUUUUGAAUGAAAUUCCAGAAAAAAAAAAUUAUGAACUUCCCCAGCGAGUUUUUGUGCCCCUUCCUGGAUCCUCUGUAAUGUUAUGUGAUUACAAAUUUGGUGAUGAAACAGCUGAAGAAAUCAGAGAACAUUUUUCAGAGAUGUUAGAUCAUAAGAUUCAAAUAGAAGACUUGGAAAUUGCAGAGGAAGUAAACACAGCUUAUAUAACUUCUAUGAAUAGUGAAGGUUCACUGACCAACACAAGAGAUGAACAACCAGAGCAAUCAAAUAAAACAACAAUAGGAUUGAAAAUUCAGCAAAACAUAGGUGCGAUUGCAGUAGUCGCAGUUGCAGUGCUUGCUGCGGGCAUCUCCUUUCAUUACUUCAGUGAUUAGGGUGAGGCGCAAGAGCUUCCUGACCGUACAGAAAACACUGACCAACAGCUAUGAAAAAUAAAGAUGUAAAUGUCCCUGCAUUGAAGCUAGCACAAACUCUGCUACGAUAAUGUCAUUAGAUGUGUUUCUGGCUUACCUGAAAUAUCAGCUGCCUUGUUUAGCCCUGCUUUAUUAUCUGGCCCAGGCUUCUAAAACUGAACUAUGCGUUUAAAUGGAGUUGCAUGUAACAAAUCACUUAUAUAUUUCUAGAAGGGUCAAAAUGUGAGCUAUUUCAAGAGUUUCGUCCUAUUGAACUGGAUCACACACUGCUCAGAAUAUUGACAUUUUAAGUAUUCUAUAGGACUUUUCUGCUGUGCACUCUGUUGCAGUAUGUUAUGGACAUGGUUUAAGUUGGAGGCCGGGAAUAUUUAAGCACACAGACUGUGGUCUCCUGGAUGACAAGUACCAGAAGCAACACUACAGCACAAUGUAUGCCUCAUACCAAAAUGAAGAGAAAUGUAAACCUGAGAUGCUUUCCUAGGUAGCACAGUUCAUGUUCAUUAGCUCUCACCGUGUAGUUCUGUGUAGCUCCUGGCAAAACAAACUGGAAUCACUCCUACCUUAGGCCCAAGACUCCCAUAAGUUAUGAUCAAGCAAUAUUUUUUCAUGAUUGUAAAUCAUGAGGUACGAGAUGCAGUGAGACAGCAGGAAAAAUAAAAUAUAGGAAAAAAAUAAACAUUGAAGUCAUUUCCCAAGGUUUGUAUCAACAACAUAGAGAAUAAAAAAAGAGAGCCAUAGAUGGAGAUAAGAGCCAAGUAGUACUCCUUGGAAUGAAGAGUAUAUUCUUUAAGGGAAGAGAGGAAACUGCAGGCUGGUUAAUGGUAGUAGACUCAGGUGAUGAAGAGAUGAGUGAAGUGGAAGGUAGAGCAGCGAGAAGGACGUAUAGAUGGAGAAACGGCAAGGUCUAGGAGAACCAGGAGGGGAGAAUUGGAAGAGAGGCUGCACUUAUGGUAACAUGUUUCUCCACACAAGUUAACAAAACAUAAAUUCAAGAAACAAUAUAUCUUAAAUAUAGUACAAAAUAAAAUCCAUGCUGGGUGUAGUGGAGCGUGGCUUUAAUCUCAGCACUUGGAAGGCACAGGCAGCCAGAUCUCAGAGUUCAAGGCCAGCCUGGUCUACAAAUUGAGUUCCAGGACAGCCAGGGCUGGUACACAGAGAAAACAAACAAACAAGAUUCCACAACUGAACCACAAGUCUGAAACAAGGUUUUAAAAAAGCAAAAGGGGCUAUAAAGAUCCUCAGCUAAGGCAUGUCAGUCAUAUAUACAGUAGACCCCCAGUAGCAACAGUGUACCCAAGAAGAUUGAAAAAUACCUUCAGAAUUAUGAGAGGAAUUGUGAAAACUUAUGCAAGGCAAAACUCAGAGACAAUAGGCCUUCAUUAAAGAAACAAAAAAGGAUGGUCUUCAAUAAGGAAAAUUACUCCAAAAGCAAGAUCUGAAAUUGAAUUGUUAGUAAACAAACAAAAUGAUCAAUAUUGUAAAUGCAAAAUGUCAUUUGUAUAAAGCAAUCAUAAUGAAGUAUUUAUAAAAAUUGUAAACAAAUAUAAGACUGAAUAAAUAUUGGUUUGCAGCA